UCCCUCCCCCUGCGCUCCCCCAGCCCGCCGCACACGCGGCAACGCAGCAGCCCCACGCCGCACACAGGCUCUGGCAGUGGCACUCGCAGCGCAGCAGCAGCGGCCGCCGCCACCAGGCAUGGCACAGGGCUCCGCCUCGCCAUGGCAGCAGCAGCAGCGCGACACAGAACCCUGGACUUCCUGCUCAGCGCCCCAGCUGAUUGCAAUGCCGUUCUUAAAGGUCUACAGCCUGUUUUUCAAGAGCAGGGAAUGACAGAAACAAUUCAUAACUGGGAGGAUCAUGGUUACUUAGCAACUUACAUCAACAAAAAUGGCAGUUUUUCCAAUCUGAGAAUUUACCCUCAUGGAUUAGUAUUGGUGGAUCUGCAGAGCCACAGCGAUGAUAUGAAAGGAAGAGAUGAAAUUGAUCAUCUACUAAAUAAGAUAGAAGAAAAAAUGAAAGAGUUGUUUCACAGCAGUAUCAAAAGGGUAAAGCGAUUGCCAGCAAUUGUGAGAGGAGAAGCCAUUGAUAGAUACUGGCCCACGGCUGAUGGGCGUUUGGUAGAGUAUGACAUAGAUGAGGUUGUUUAUGAUGAAGAGUCGCCUUAUCAGAAUAUUAAAAUUCUACAUUCGAAACAGUUUGGGAAUAUUCUUAUCCUCAGUGGGGAUGUUAAUCUGGCAGAGAGUGACUUGGCGUAUACGCAAGCCAUAAUGGGCAGUGGGAAAGAAGACUACACUGGGAAAGAAGUGCUGAUCCUAGGAGGUGGUGAUGGGGGUAUACUAUAUGAAAUAGUCAAACUGAAACCAAAGAUGGUCACCAUGGUGGAGAUUGACCAAAUGGUGAUCGACGGGUGUAAAAAAUACAUGCGUAAAACAUGUGGAGAUGUAUUAGACAAUCUUAAAGGAGAAUGCUAUCAGGUUCUAAUAGAAGACUGUGUUCCAGUACUGAAGAGGUAUGCCAAAGAAGGAAGGAUGUUUGAUUAUGUAAUUAAUGAUCUGACAGCUGUUCCAAUCUCCACAUCUCCUGAAGAAGAUUCUACGUGGGAGUUUCUACGAUUGAUUCUUGACCUUUCAAUGAAAGUCCUGAAACAUGAUGGAAAAUAUUUCACGCAGGGAAACUGUAUCAAUCUGACUGAAGCUUUGACCCUCUAUGAAGAACAGCUCGGCAGGCUUUAUUGCCCUGUGGAGUUCUCAAAGGAAACUGUAUGUGUACCCUCAUACAUGGAAUUAUGGGUUUUCUACGCUAUUUGGAAGACAAGAACUGAAGUGUGAAGAUCAAGAUAUUCUAAUUGUGUGCUGCAUGGAGCAUAUAGGCUUGCCGCGUGCUGCAUAUUGGCAUCUUGAGCCUUUAAAUUAUAUGCUGUAGAUGAUCCUGAAACUUAGUCAUGCUAUUGAUUGUGAAUUCUUUAAAUGUUUUUUAUUAUUAUUUUAAUUUAAAAGCAAAUGGAAAAUGUAUAUUUUGAUGAGGUAGGGUGUUAUUUUUGAAAGUCAACUUAAAGAUGAAUUAGCAGCAAAACUAUAGCUGCUGAAUGCACUGAACCUUUAGAAUGUGAUCCUUUUUAUUUUUUUGUAGAUCUUCACAAACUGAUUAAAAAAAGACAUCUUUAGCAUUUCAUUCCUGAGGGUGGUCCAUGUAUUUUUUUUCUCCAGAUAUUAACUCCCUUAUAGAUUAUGGUGCUUUUAAAGGAUGGCGGGUUUCUCUUAAGUGAAUACCACAAUGCUUCCAUUACAGAAAAUGUGAAGGGCAUAACAUUUUUAAAGAAUACCCUAUGCCCUUAGUUAUAAAGGGAAGGAGCUAAUUUGAGGUUUCAUUUGUUUAUGCCUUAGUUUAAUUCAUCAUGCUACUGUAGUCUCUUCAGCAGACAAAGCUCUGAUGUGUCACCGUUUAGAAUUACUUAGCCCUGUCACAUUUAUUAGUUUGAUUUUAAUAUGGAUUAAGAGUAGGUUAUAGAGGCAUUUUCAGCACCAUAACUUUGAAAAUUAAAGCCUAUUUUCAUUCCCACCAGAAUGUGGGAUGUUGAAAUGUGUAAUGAGGCUUCUAGUAGGCAGACGCUCCUUACUUAGCUUUAUGGCAGAACAUUAUGUCCAUAGAGAAUGAAAGUCGAGUAAAAGGGAAGACGAGAGAAAGUGAUUUAGGUCCUUGUGCAUUCGUAUUCUGUGUGUGCUUAGAUGUAUUCACUUCACUAGGUUAAACUCUGAUCAUAUGGAUUCAGGUGUCCACAGUGACACUAAUUCAGGAUUAGGCCCAGACGCUUCCUGGCUCGCCGAGCUCUGGUCAAGUGAAAAAAUUCACUGGUAAGUCAAAAUUCCAAUAGAAGGAAGAUUGCAUUAUUUUUUGUGGGAUUUUUUAAAGAAAAAAAUUUCUGCCCUUCAAUAUUUCUGCACAUUAUCUGAAAUUAUAUUUUUGUAAAAGCUUGCUAUUUACCGAUUGCCAACUUUAUUGUAAGCAGAACAUUAAAAAGAUUCCACCUCAGAGGAGGUAAGAAGUCUAACCCUUUGGGAUGUCUGAGAGAAUAAAAAAAUUCACUGUCCCUCCCUGAGUAUCCAACAUCGUGGACCAAAAUGAGACUAUCUUUAAACACCAGGUUUCCUAUGUACUGUAGUUUGAGGCAAAGUGGUUUCCCUCCCCUCCCCACCUCUCCCCCCCAUUAAUAAUGAAUUCAGAUUGUCAAAAAACUAGAUUUCCAAUUAUUACGCUCUGAAGAAACAGUACAACUGAUGUGUUCUGUUAUAUGUGUCAAAACUACUAAUGAAUGUAAGUAGCCUCUGAAGAAAUCCAAAAUGAUAUUAGUUAGAACCCUUGCAAAAAAAAUCUCCUUUGCUCUUCACUUGGUGUAUAUUUUUGUAUGUAUGGUUAUGCUAUUAGAGACACCACUUUAACUUCGGAAGCUAAGUGAAGUUCUUUGUAUUCCCUGUUUUAAUUUACCGCUUUAAGUGAUUGCAAGCAGCAUUACUUAUUUCAUACACCUGGGGCCAAAUCACUCCUUGAUUUACAGCCUGUGCAGUCCUAUCAACUCUUCAAGAAUAGCCUCCUUGUAGGAAAGUGGAAAGAGCCUUCUCCUGGUCCCUAGGCAUUCGUGGCAGUGUCACAUCCAGAGCACAGAACAUUGUAGUGAUCAUACUGCUAGACCCUGAACAGUUGUAAUUGUGCAUUUGUGGCUGAAGGUUGAAGUCAGUGGGAUUAUAUAUGGGGUGAAAACUAAGGCCCUGAUCCUGCCAAAACACCUGUGCUUAACUUCACAUGCAUGAGUAGUGCCGUUUCCUUGGUUGUGAUGACUCAUGUAUGUAAUGUUAAGUGUGCAUGCAUGGAUGCAUGCAGGAUUGAGGCUUAAGAUAGCCCGUGUCUUGAUGUUUGGAGUGAUUCUACCACACACCCCUGCCCCCCCAAGCUUGUGGAUUAGAACGUGAUCUAAUACACUUUAUAGGUUUGUAGCACCAAGACUAUUGCUUUGUUUUGCAUAGAUACAUGGAAUUAGAGCUGUUUGAAAGUGGAAAGAUGCUGUGAAAUCAGUCCCUGGAAUGUUCAGUGAGGGAGAGGAGUCCUAAAUUGGUGGGUGAUGGGGAGGUGAGAGGAAGCAUUGUUUUGAAAGCUGAUCAGUACAUAUGACAAUUUUUCCUCUCAUAUUGAUAUUGUGAAAAGAGGGUGGGGAGUGUAACUUUUGUUUUGGAAUGUUUUUAUGUAGACUUUCUUAAAGUGAUAGAUGUAGUAGAAAACAGACAGGCAAACAGUGAACACUGCUGUUUUUCUCUUUACAUUACUACCUUGUUUAAAGCACUGUUGUUCAUUAUUUAUUUGUUAUUUCUGUAGUGUAAACUUGAAACAAAAUCAGCUUCAUGUGAAUGUCAGAUGAAACUUGCUAUAGUUGAACAACACCUUACAUUUAAAGCCAGUUGGGACAUAGUUACGAGUGCCUCACUACACAUGGAAACAGAGACUGAAAAAAUGGUUUUUAUUCUUUGCACUAAAUGCUGCUUCCACCAAGAAAUGUGAUUAAAUAUUUAAAAACUUGAUUGGUAGUAAUUUGACUGUGCUGAAAGAAGACUGCUGGCAUUGUAUCUACUGCACGAGUGCAGUGCACAUGUUAAAAUAAAGGUACACUCUUAUUAUCUGUA